AUGGUGCAGCAGAAACCGACCUCACACGACUCGACCAACGGUACAAACAAGCGAGACCAACAAUCGAGCAUGUCGUUCGCCCGAAAGGACAUCACCGACGCUCGCGUCGUCGGUGGCAAUGCAAACAAGAUAGACACAAAGGCGCAGAAUGGCAAUAGAUCGUCGUUUCGAACGGACAGAGAUACCGCGAACGCGAACCGUCGCUUUGGUGGAGAGCGCGAGUUGCAACGAUGGCAGCCCGAUGCUUCUGAUGCUGUCGAUGGAAGCUUGGAAGGCGGCCUACAAAACUCAAAACAAUCCCACGGUGGUGCCUGGGAUCAGUUUGCCGAGAACGAGAGACUCUUCGGCUUGAGAACAGACUAUGAUGAGGCCAUCUAUACUACAUCCAUUGACAAGAACCACCCACAGUACAAGCAGAGAGUAGCGGCUGCAGAGAGGAAGGCGCGAGAGAUCGAGCGCAGCGCUGCAGCCACGUCCCACGUUGCUGAAGAGCGUGUGAUGGACUUCGUCGGCGGGGACGACAACGCUGAUGAGGAAGAUAAGUAUAGUGGAGUGAAACGACAGCAGCAAGACUUCCCUCCUCUUGCCAACCGCGAGAACAAAUACACUCCACCAGCUAGACGUGCUCCGGCCGGCGCAACCACUGUCAAGGGAGCACCGGUUGACCCAGCUAUCAUAUCUUCCCAGAUUAAGGGCGCACCAACCAACAAGCAGCCUACGCCGAAGGCUGAAGAGACGAAGACGCCAAACCCCACGCCAAACAAGACCCCUGUACCACAAACUGCCGACAAACCUGCGCCUGUUGAGCCGAAGCCAGAUGCAAAGCCCGCCGAGACAAAGCCAGCUGAGAGCAAACCGACUGAGACUAAGACCGCCGACUCGAAAUCCUCAGACAAAUCUACAGGUGCCCUCCGGCCCUCGGCUACUACAGGUCGCACAAUUUCCCCACAAGGCAAAGAGGCGGCAGCUGUUCCCAGUGCUACAUCUACUGUUGAACGCGAUGUUCUGAACUCGUUCAAGAAUUUCGCUACCCAGCAGCGUCUGAACGCCGAGAAGGCGAGAAGCAAUAAAGCCAAGGCAGAUAAGGAAGUGAAGUUGAUUGAACUGAAGAAAUUCGCCGACAGCUUCAAGUUGUCGACUCCUGUUCCAAGCGAUCUUAUUUCCAUCAUUGCUAAAGACCCUGCCAAGCAGAAACAGAUACAGGCGAAGGCUCUUCAGAAUGCCGAGGAUGUGGCCAAAUCAAAGGAACACUCGAAGGACAAGCCUGAGCCCGCUGCAAAGGAUGUGCCAGCAAAGCCUGUCGUCCAGCAGACGCCCACUCCACCAGCCACAGCUACUCCAGCAACAGGGGCGGCUACUGCUUCUCGGCCUCCUGCGACACAGCAUACAAGCUCACCAUCUGGCGUUCCCAACCGUCACCCUGGUCCUCGUCAACCAUACAAUGGGCAGCAGUACACAAACAGAAACGGCCGCUCGCCGGGACAGAAUAUGGCUCCACACUAUCAACAGACAGGGAAUCUCGCGCAGAGGCUCCGCAAUGUCGAGCAGCAGAAGCUGUCCCAGCCACCUCAGCAUCAUGUUCCUCAGGACAUGCGUAUGCCGCCUACUGGACCUGCGAAUGCUGUCGAUCAGUAUGGUAACAGGCGUCUCAGCGGCCUGGCACCAGCACACGUGGGCCCGAAACUGAACCCUAACACUCAGGAGUUCCGCCCAAGUCCGUUCGCGCAAUCUUUCAACCCCGUCGGGCCAAGCGGCGCAUCCAGCCCUCGCUCUUCAGUCAACAAUGCUGUUGAGGCUCAAUCGACUGCGACUCCUGUUGCGGGCCAACUCAUUCGACGCAAGACGAAGGCCAUCGAUGUGAAGAAGUGUUUUAUUUUGUCACAUAUUCAGACCUUGCAGCCUCCUCAUAACAAUCGCACCUGGGAGGAGAAUGGUGGCCUGAGACCAUCAUUUGACACGAUUCCAACUUGGAAGCAACUCAUGGAUGAUGACCCAGCGGAUUCCAUUAUGCGCCUCACAUACGCUCAAUACUUCGAGAGACAGCCAUUCUCGGGAGCUACGCUUGCAACACCUAACCCUCCCCACGUCGUCCCUCAGAUGGCCCAUCAGCAUCAGCUGCCCUUCCAUCUACAGCAUGGUGCACAUAGCCUUGCACCUAGGCAGUCUCCGCACAUGCCGCCCAUGCAGAUGCACUCUGGCCAACCUAACCACACGCCUCAUGUGCCGUUUAACGGUGAUGAUCACCGGAUGAUGCACUCAAACUCAGCCCAGUCGUUUGCUUCCCCACGCAUGACUCAAGUUCCUAUGGCGUAUCCUCCCGCGAUGAACUCGCCUGCUCAAAUGCCAUACAAUCAACCGGUUAUGCAGCCGUUCCUGGGCCCUGGCACUCCCCAGAUGGGCCAGUUCCGCAAUUUCUCUCAGAAUCCUCAAUUCAUGCCCCAACAGCCUGGUCAUAUGGGCACACCGCUCAUGGUUCCACAACAGUACAUGGCAGGGCCAAAUCCUAUGGUGACUGCAACACCUCAGAUGCAGAUGUAUCCUGGCGGCCAUCCCCAGUUCAUGCCUCCUGGCCCUGCCCCUCAGCCGAUGCCUGGUACCAAUGGGUAUCCCAGCCCAGGUAGACCAGCUGCCCCCAUGAUGGUCCACCAAGGCUCUCAGCAGGGGCAGCCGAUGUACGGCAUGAGCCCCGGUAUGCAAUACCAGCAGCCCGUAUUCACACCACAACAGCCCGGCCAAAGUAAGUUUACGAAUAGACGAAUGAGCUCAUCAGGGCGCCAGUACUAA